UUGAAUCACGUAGUAUGAUCUUGAUAUAGUUUAUGUUGGCACGUUUGACACGUCAAAUUAAACGUAAAUAUGAACGGUCAGUUACUGUUUCGCUAAAAGUGUCGUCUUGUUCGGUCGAAAUCAUGAAUCGGGGUGGGUCGUCGAAGUCUACUCAACAUAACCUCCAUGCAAUGCCGUACAGCGUUGUAGAAAAUGAUCUUUACAAAUGUGAACCAACGCUAUAUACCGUUAAAGGUAUGGCUAUUCUCGAUAAUGAUGGCAACAGAAUUCUUGCUAAAUAUUAUGAUAAAAAUAUAUUCCCAACACCAAAAGAACAGAAAGCAUUUGAAAAGAAUCUUUUCAAUAAAACUCACAGAGCUAAUGCCGAAAUUAUUAUGCUGGAUGGUUUAACAUGUGUUUAUAGAAGCAAUGUAGAUUUAUUUUUCUAUGUAAUGGGAAGUUCUCAUGAAAAUGAGUUGAUUCUGAUGAGCGUUCUCAAUUGUUUAUAUGAUUCUGUAAGUCAGAUUCUUAGAAAGAAUGUUGAGAAAAGAGCAGUUUUAGACAGCUUAGAUAUAGUAAUGCUAGCAAUGGAUGAAAUUUGUGAUGGAGGGAUUAUUUUAGAUGCUGAUGCUACUAGUGUUGUCCAAAGGGUAGCACUAAGGACCGACGAUAUACCACUUGGAGAGCAAACAGUUGCACAGGUAUUGCAAUCGGCAAAGGAGCAGCUAAAGUGGUCGUUAUUAAAAUAAAUUCUUUGUAUACUUUAUUGGAAUAUUAUUUUUACAGUCAUAAAAAUUGUAUAAAUAUUAUCACAAAAUGCUAUUGCACAUUAUAAGAACAACCAUAAAUAAAUUACCAACUUGGUUCCAUUA